AUGCAUACAUUUGAAGAUUAUGAUGACAGUAAUCCAGACACUGUUUUACACUCAUUACCACCAUACAGCUAUGCAAGUUUCUUUCAAGAAUAUCCCAAAAUGUGUAUUGUCAUAACAGCGUUUUGUGCUUUUGUAGUUUCGAUGUAUUUCUGGGGAUUGUUUCGAGUACGACGGGAAGAACUUAAUAUAGCACUUAACGGUCGGUUCAGCUCUGCGGUCCUGAGCAGGGUUCGGUGGAGAUUUACGAACAAAAACACAGAUGCAACGCUGGAACUUUUGUGUAAGGAAGAAUCCUUCAAGUCUGAAACAUGGAAUAAUUUCUGUAACAACGAACUGAGUGAAGUAAUUGGCCCAUUUAACGAAUUGUAUGGAAAGUUAGCAACAGCAAAGCUACGAGCCAAAAUUAGAAAAUUGGAGGAAACUAUGACUGAUGAAGAGCGAAGAGAGGAACAGUUAAUACAGCAAAAGCAGUUGGAAUCAAUAUGUGAAAUGAUCAUGCAUGAACCAGAAAAGUUUGGAUUAUAUGACAAAUCAGAAAUCACGGAGCAAAUGGAAUUAUAUUCAGUUUGA